CAAUUAUAAAUGAUUAAAGAAACGACGCCAUCAAGUAAUUCUCUUAACAAAUACGGAUAAUUUUUUAUGAAUUCAACUUCUAUCGAACCUUUUCGAUAACUAUUCGGCAAAUGCAGGCAGUGAGAAUUGAUUAAUUUAAAUUACUCGACCACUUCACCGGCGUUAAAAUUAACUGACCCGUGCCAACUCUUAUAAUUGUCAGACACCUGCGCUCAAAGUUCAUCAUAAAACGAGGAAACAGUUCAAAGUUCUUACAGAUAAGGAAACAUUUUGUUAUUAGCUAAUUUGUUCGUCGUUUAAAAUUGGUGACGCACCCAGUGACCUUGAUCAAAGACCAUGGCAACUGAACGGCAGCUGGACGUGAUCAUAUUCGGAGCCAGUGGGUUCACCGGCAAAUACACCGUCUACGAGGCGGUGUCCGUCCUCAAGGAUCUCCGCUGGGGAAUUGCUGGACGCAAUCGUGAGAAAUUGCAAAAGGUGCUCACGGAAAUGGGCGGUAAGGCCAAGAAGGAUCUGUCCCAAACGCCCAUCAUUAUUGCCGAUGUGAACGACGAGGCCUCGCUGCUGGAUAUGGCCAAAUCCUGUCGCAUUGUGGUCAACACCGCUGGCCCAUAUCGUUUCUAUGGCGAGAAAGUGGUACGUGCCUGCAUAGAGGCGGGCACCCAUCACGUAGACGUUAGCGGUGAGCCGCAGUUCAUGGAAUCGAUGCAGUUGAAGUACAAUGAGCGGGCCAAGGAGCGCGGUGUCUAUGUGGUCAGCGCAUGUGGCUUCGAUUCCAUACCAACCGAAAUGGGCAUCGUUUUUGUGGAGAAGAAUUUCGAUGGUGUUGUCAAUUCGGUGGAGACAUUCCUUGUGAAUGGCGCCAAGGAUGUGGAUGCGUCCAGUGGCAGUGCUGGCCUCAAUACGGGCACCUGGGAGAGCGCUGUCCACAGCCUGGCGCAUUCCGGCGAGCUGAGUGCCCUGCGCCGGCAGCUAUAUCCGGAUCGAAUGCCCAAAUUCUAUCCCAUACUGAAGCAGCGACCGUUGAUCUUCCGCUCCACGGAGGUGGACAAGGUGUGUCUGCCCUUUCCGGGUUCGGACCGUUCGGUGGCGAUGCGUUCGCAGCGCUUUCUCUAUGAGAACGACAAGAAGCGACCCAUCCAGAUGCACGCCUACAUUGGAUUCCCCUCAUACAUUAUGGCCAUUGUUGUUGCCCUGUUGGCGACCAUCUUUGGUGUGAUGACAAAGUUCGAGUUUACUCGCAAUCUGCUGCUCAAGUAUCCCAGUUUCUUUUCGGCUGGCUUUGUCUCGCGCAGCGGUCCCAGUGAGGCUCGCAUGGAACGCACCUUUUUUAAGAUGACCAUGAAGGCGACCGGAUGGCCCAACUCACAGCGUCUGGCCGAAUGCACGGAUCAGUACAAGGAACCACCAACAAAGACUCUAAUGGUUAAGGUAUCGGGUCCGAAUCCCGGCUACGGUUCCACCUGUGUCGCCCUACUCUCCACGGCGGUGACCAUUCUGCGCGAGAGCAGCAAAAUGCCAAGCACUGGCGGUGUCUUGCCACCGGGCGCUGCCUUCUCCAAGACCAGCCUUAUUAGCGAGCUGGAAAAGCAUGAGCAUGGCAUGAAAUUUGAAAUAUUGGCCAAUAAGUGAUUGUCUCCCAAUUUUAUUUUUUAUUGCAAUCUUUAAAGUGCAUUAUUUUAUCGUCGCUUAGUCAGUAAAAAGCUUAAUAUCAUUGUUACUAAUAAUUGUGGGAAUUAAAAAUAAAGGAACUAAUGUACAUGACAAA